AUGGUGUCUAUCACGACAGAGUACAUCAGCGUCGGCGGGAAUCGGCAUCCAGCCGCUGCCGAUUGGGAUCGCCAGUCCGGUGUCCUUGCAUUUGGUGCAGAUAACAAUGUAGCAUUAUGGGUUCCUACGGAUGAGUCGAAGCGUGGAGUAUACUCGCUGCUUGUGGGGCACCGCGACAAGGUCAGCGCUGUUCGAUUUUGCACGUUACCUGCGAACAAUACGAAACUCCUCCUCACUGGUUCAGUGGACCGAACAAUUCGCGUAUGGCAGUCAGAUGAACAGACUUCGCGUCACUAUACUUGUGUUUGCGAGCUCGAAGGCCAUGAAGGCACCGUCAAUGCGAUUGCGGCGGCAGACGGCUCGGACAUUGUCGCUUCGGGGGCAGCAGACGGAACAGUCAGAAUAUGGAGGCUCAAUUACCAGGAGGGGACGAUCAGAGGACAAUUUCUGAAGACAAUACAGAUGAAGCCACGAUAUUUUCCCCUGACAUUGGCCCUCCAACUUCUCGACAAGGAGAAUCCGGCGAAACCGAUGAUGCUGGCUGUCGCCGGAACGACGAAUAUAGUACAAAUCUAUGUUGCGCAGACUACAAUAAGUGAGCCUGAAUUCUUCCUUGGUGCGAAACUUUCUGGUCAUGAAGCUUGGGUGAGAUCCCUUGCUUUGACCGAAGAUAAGCAGGGCCCAGCAGGGGACCUUCUACUGGCCUCGGCAAGCCAGGACAAAUAUAUUCGGCUCUGGCGGAUACACCGUGGCGAAUCAGCGCCAGUUGUCCCAAAGGAUGAAGAUGACUCUGUUCUUGGAAAUUACGAACCUACUUUAUCCAACAAAGCACAUAUGUUUGAGGCCUCUGGAUCAAAAUAUUCUACUACGUUUGAAGCUUUACUCCUUGGGCACGAAGAUUGGAUUUAUACGGCAGCAUGGAAUCCUAACCCGGAUCGGAUGCAGCUCCUUUCCUCUUCUGCAGAUAAUUCGUUAACAAUAUGGGAGCCCGACCCAGUAUCGGGAGUAUGGGUUUCCACAGAGAGAAUGGGAGAGAUCAGUUCGCAGAAGGGCUCGACUACUGCGACAGGAAGUACUGGAGGCUUCUGGAUUGGUCUCUGGUCGCCAGAUGGAAAAGAGGUCGUCAGUCUCGCUCGAACGGGGAGCUGGAGAGUAUGGAAGUAUGACGAGGAUUCUGAUAUAUGGGUGCAGCAAAUUGGUGUGAGUGGCCACGUUCGGUCGGUCAAUGAUAUCCAGUGGGAAGCAAGCGGACGAUAUCUCUUGUCCACCAGCUCAGACCAGACCACCCGACUCUACGCGAAGUGGAUGCAUGAGGGGUUUGCGUCAUGGCAUGAGUUCUCGAGGCCGCAGAUUCACGGUUACGAUUUGAACUGUAUAGAUUCUCUUGGACCUGCACGCUUUGUCUCCGGAGCUGAUGAGAAGCUCUUGCGUGUUUUCAACGAACCUAAGCCGAUAGCUCAGCUGUUAGAGAAUCUUUGUGGAAUCCAGCAACCAGGUCAAGAUGAAAUGCCUGAAACCGCGAAUAUUCCAGUGCUAGGUCUUUCGAACAAAGCCGUCGGAGAGGAUGUUGCCUUGGGAGAUGAUGCUCUGGAUGGAUUGGCCGGCGAUCAAGCAGAACCCGCCCCGGUGAUCUCUCUGGAUUUCAACCAUCCUCCUCUCGAGGACCACCUUGCUCGGUACACCUUAUGGCCUGAGCACGAGAAGUUGUAUGGCCAUGGCUAUGAGAUAUCCGCAGUUGCAGUCACCCACGAUCGGUCGCUGAUUGCUACUGCAUGUAAAGCGAGCUCGAUAGAUCAUGCUGUGAUACGACUAUACGACACGACAGACUGGCAUGAAAUCAAGCCCUCGCUGACAGCGCAUUCUCUAACUAUCACUGAUCUUUGCUUUUCUGCAGACGACCGCUAUCUGCUCAGUGUAGGGCGUGACCGUCAAUGGGCAGUGUUUAGGAGAAGUGAAGAUGACCCGUCGAAUUUCUCCCUUCUUACAUCGAAUCCAAAGGGUCACUCGAGAAUGAUCCUGGGCGCUGCCUGGGCGCCCGUCUCCCAUCCUUUGACAUUUGCAACUGCGGGUAGAGACAAAUCCGUGAAGCUGUGGCAGAUGACGGACGAAACGUUUGAAUGCAGAUCAGUGAUUGCACUGAAGAGUGCUGUAACUGCUAUUUCGUUUCUCCCGACGAGUCAAGACGGCAUCUUCUAUCUGGCUGCUGGCGAAGACACCGGUGACAUUUCCAUCCACAAAAUUACGGGCGACAAUCUUGAAACACAUGAACUGCUGUCGGUUGACAAGCUCAUAUGUCCUUCGAAAGCAGUAACACAACUUUCUUGGCGCCCUAGUGCCGACGGGACAAUAAAGACUGCUCAUGCAGAUCGACACGAGCCUGAUCUGCUCGCUGUCGCGGGUGAGGAUUCCUCUGUCCGUAUAUAUGCUGUUACGAAUCUCACAACAUAG